GGGGGCCGGCGGGCGCCCUUCGGGCCCUGCGCAUCGCCGUGGUGGUCUGCCUCUACUGGUUCACCUCCAUCGCCAUGGUCUUCCUCAACAAGUACCUGCUGGACAGCCCCUCGCUGCGCCUCGAUGCCCCCCUCUUCGUCACCUUCUUCCAGUGUGCCCUGACAGCCGCCCUCUGCUUGGGCCUCAGCCUCGGGGCAGCCUGUGGGCGCCCCUGCCCCGGCCUGCCUGCCCUCCGCCUCGACCCCAAGGUGUCCCGCAGCGUCCUGCCCCUCUCUGCCGUCUUCAUUGGCAUGGUCACCUCCAACAACCUCUGCCUGAAGCACGUCGGCGUAGCCUUCUACAACGUGGGGCGCUCCCUCACCACUGUCUUCAACGUGCUGCUCUCCUACCUGCUCCUCAAGCAGACCACCUCCGUCUAUGCCCUCCUGGCCUGCGGAGUCAUCAUAGGUGGCUUCUGGCUGGGUGUUGACCAGGAAGGAGCAGAGGGCACUCUGUCAUGGACAGGUAUAUUCUUUGGGAUCAUAGCAAGCCUGUGUGUCUCGCUCAAUGCCAUCUACACCAAGAAGGUGCUGCCUGUGGUGGAUGGUAGCAUCUGGCGCCUGACCUUCUACAACAACGUCAAUGCUUGUGUCCUCUUCUUCCCCCUCAUGAUGCUGCUGGGCGAGUUCCGCACCCUCUACCACUUUGACAAGCUGGGGAGCCCCAGUUUUUGGGGCAUGAUGACCCUGGGAGGAGUGUUUGGCUUUGCCAUUGGGUAUGUGACCGGACUUCAGAUUAAGUUCACUAGCCCACUCACCCACAACGUGUCUGGGACAGCCAAGGCCUGUGCCCAAACAGUGCUGGCUGUUAUCUACUUUGAGGAGACAAAGAGCUUCUUGUGGUGGGCGAGUAACUUGAUGGUUCUGGGGGGCUCCUUUGCCUACACGUGGGUGAAAGGGCUGGAGAUGAGAAAGGUACAAGAGGAUCCUAAUGUCAAAAGCAGCGAAAGAAAUGAGACUGGUGUGUAAGCAGCUCCUGCACCUCCAUUUCUGUGCCCAAGGGGUUAACCUUCGGUGCUCCUUGCUUCCUGGGGAGAAGAAAAGCAAGGAGCAGGAAAAAAUUCACCUGCAAAGUGUAUGGGGAACUGUGUCAGGAACUAGAGCCAAAGACCUAACUGAAUUGUGUUUUAUCCACGGGAUCUCACCCUGUAUCGGAAUUGGGGAGAGCAUAUGUUGUAGAGAGCAAUCAGGUUUUUUGUGAUCGUUUUUUAAAAUGGAUGUUGAUACUGACCUAAUCCGGGCAAUUUGCAUCUCUGGGUGGGUGGGGUCAUAGCAGGCAAAGACCGGGAUGGGAGCUUUGUGUAGUUAGGGAUCUAGAAUUAACUGAAUGAAUGCAGUCCGAAGUUAUAAAAUCCUGAACUUCUGUGUAAGGAAGAGGCAGGUAGCCAGAGUUUUGGGGAUAUACUCCAGUAAAUGGUUCUGCUGUAAAAGGAUUGGCAACAGCCAUUCUUCCUGUUGCCCCAUUCAAUGCAAAGGAUGGGAAAUUCCCUCCCUUCUGGUUCUGUACAAGCCUAAGCAACAGCAGUGCCUCCAGAUCUCCUUUCCAAAGAGUCCGUAUCACAUCCUGCUGAUGUCUCUUCUGUGUUUCUCUCCACCUGGUUUCUUAGUUCGGGAAAUCAUGUUAAGAAGCAGCAGUGAAACUUCUCAUUCCCUCUGCCCUGUGUCCUGUGAGGGAGAGCAUGCUCCCUCAAGUGGCCUUUCUCAGGGAGGAGCGAGCUUGGCCUCUGCCUCUCUCAGUGACAGGCAGGAGGGGAAAAGUUACUCUGAAGCACUUGCUUCUGUAGGGUGGAGAUAGAUCCCAGUUCACGGGGUUCUCAGCACUUGUCCUCUUUACCCUCUGUGUAGGGGGUAGGUUUGUGUUUGAAAAUGGGGUUCCUACUAAUUUGGCUUGUUUCAGGGGACUUAUUCCAUACCUACUGUGGAUCUCCUCUGGUGUUUGCAGUUAGUCUUUUGGCUCAUUCCUUUUAAACAACCCCCCAUGGCCAGCUCAGUGAAUCCUUCACCCCAAAAAAUCCUAGUUUUGCUCAGCUGCAUCAAUCCCUUUACUUGAAACUUGCUGCUGAACAGUUAAUUCUGCAGAAAUCUCUGCCCCUCCAUCUGGUCUCAUGCAAGUGCCACCUGAAGUUGCUGUACAGCUAUGAUUUCUGAUCCCGGGGCUCAGCAGCAACAUCCUAUGGUCAGCUGUGAUGUUGCACCAGCUUUCUAAACCCCUGGCCCCUUUAUAUUUAAAGGGUUAUUUGAACCGGGAUGCUGGGCAGUUGAUGUGGCUGCUUAGUACCCUGCCCCAUGGAUCAUACGUGUUAUACCCUUGCCCCCGUGU